AUGACCACCCACGUCCUGUCAUUACUUUGGGUUAUGUCGAAGAACAAAAACCUGACUUCAGCAGAUAGGGCGCGUAUCCGCGCGAUGCAUGCGGAGAGAGGCACAGAUGGUCGUCGACGCUACACCCAAAAGGAGAUUGCUCGAGCUCAGCAGGUCAACCAAGCUACGGUGAGUCGAGUAGUGAAGGCUCAGGAUCAAUGUGGGCCUGUAUUUAAGCGGGGACCGAAGUUUCUGAUGGACGAACGAACCCGACGUCGUGUUGUGCGCUAUUUCUUUGACAACUGCGGGGUGUCUACCGGUGACGCAGUUACGGAGCUCGAUCUGAAAGUCUCACCANNNNUUCUAGUGCCGAGCAGCUCAAGAGCAAGAGAGCCUUCAAUUGGCGGUGGUAUCAUGGUAUGGGGUGCGAAGUCUAUCAAGAAGUCCUCUCUCGUCAUCUGUUACCAUAUUGGGAAGAGUUAA